AUGGAUUCAAGUCGUUUUGUUAAAUGGCUUUGGGAAACUUCGUGUACAUUAAGAGGUGAAAAUGGUGACGCUAAAAUAUGCAUCAUUAUUGAUAAUGCCACAUGGCAUAAUGAGCAGACAGAUGAGACAAAAUUACCAAAGCGAGCAUGGAAAAAGGCAGAGAUUGUACAGUGGUUAGAUGAUCACAAGGUGCCUUAUUUGAACUUGUAUACCAAAGCAGAAUUACUCGAGCUAUCAGUUGCUUAUGCACCAGAAAAGAAAUUCAAAAUUGAUGAGGCGGCGAAAGAAUUCAGAGUUGAGAUUCUACGAUUACCGAUAAAACAUUGUGUUCUCAACCGCAUAGAAUUAGCCUGGACCGAGCUCAAAGAUUUAGAAUAUGACACAGAUGGAUAA